AUCCUGUGGUCUGGACCACAGAAUAGGCACUACGGUAUCGUCAGUAUGGUAACCAGUCUGAUCUGUAGCCACGGCUGCGAGGCUACCCGAGACUACUCGGUAGCUUCUGCCAGCGAUGCCGAAACCUAGCGCGUCUGCGGUGGACCAGGUCCGUCUUAUGCCGCAUGCGUCGUUACGAGAAGCAAUGCGCCCAAUACAUGGUUAUACUGAUGGAUGAAGAUCCAAGGCGCCAUCUGGUGUCGGGCCCCUCGCUAUGUCCGUCGUAUGUGCGUUUUGUGAACAAGACGUGCCGCCAGGUUGAUGUCAUUUGGCUCAACUAUGACGGCCUGCGCAUCAAGUACAAGAGCCUCGGUCCAAGUCAGAUGCUUGAUGUGGACACUUUUGUGAACCACCCAUGGAUCUUUCGGGAUUCCUUAACUUGCCGCAUGGUUGUUCUGAUGGCAGCCGCAGUACACCCGCAGGUGGUUCUCAUCACCCUACCUGUGUACUCGCUGAAGGAAAACUGUUUCCAAGAAAUACGCCGGUGCAUUGUCUCGCCCGAGGCCAUUUUCCAGACUGAAAUCCCGCGGUCGCUGCAGAAGGAGUACCUCGUCUUUCUUCAGCAGCAGUAAAGAGCAGGAUGUGCCUCUAUGUGGCCACCUACGGGACACAUAGUGCGAAUCAACUGGCUAGGACAAGCGACCGUCAAGUUCAACUGAUGCUCGGCAUAACACUACUGCCAACGUAGCCGGUCUAAUGUAACUGGCGACUGACCAGUUCAUUGUUUCCAGGUCGUCAUCUAAGUGGGCUGUGUCUUGUUGUAAGUUGGCUGUUUUCGGCGCAACUUGCAGUGUGUUACUGUCAAGGCCAGACACAUCAAUCUGCAGCCAAACUGAUUUAGUCUAUGAAUUGUUUACUGGAGUCAAAAACAUUUAUUGUAUGGGUGAUCAGCGGACGUUUAGCAUCACAAACCAUUGCAGGAGCUAUGCAGGGACACCAUAGGGGGGAAGGCUCCAAAUUAAUUUGUGAGCAAUUGAGGUUCUUCGCAUACGCGUUGUUCCCAUGUAACACAAAAGAAGCUAUUUUCCGUCUAAAAGACGUCUUUAACGGCUAUCGAAAAGGGCUAAUAGACGUCUUGGUCAAGACAUUCCCGUAGCCGUAGACGUCUAUCCGACGUCUGAUAGCUGUGCUAAUGUCCCGCUAGUUGACGUCUUUAGAAGACGUUUUGAAAAGACCAAGAUAAGACGUUUUAUAGACGUUCUUGUUUUUUCGCCGUUUUCGAAAUUUUGGACUUUCGAAAUAUAAAAUAAACUAAUAUAACUGUCUUUGCAGAUGUUUGGUCGGCAGCCUGACGGCUACCAUAGGAAGAUAGAGAUUGAAGGGACCGAAAGAGCUCCCGCGAGAGCACUUUCCUGUUUUUCUCACACUUCCUAUGUCAGUCGUCGAGCAAGUGACCAAACAAUCAAGCAAGAUCACUAACAUACGUACAUACCUGUUCACCCACGCAUGUCCCCACUGUUGCAUAUAUAAGUUUUCGACGCUGAGUUUACUCGCGUUUAUUGCGGACCGAAUCAAGUUGUUGCGGUCGCUCAUAUAUGCCGCGUGAAUUAUUGGCUACUUCAGCACACCAUACAUAUCCUAUUUUCAUGUAAAAGACAUCGGUUUAUAAUAAAUUUGAACACGUACGCAGGGGAUCAAGUAUACUGUACUAGAUAAAUGACGUUUAGCGGAUGGCGCGGAAAUAAAUAAUCGCGCUUCUCAGCAACAAUAAAUUAUCCCAUGAUGUCGUCAAAUCGGCUUUAUUAAUGAAUAAAGCACAACCAAAUGUGGCACAAAACACGUCGGAAGGUGACCGCACAAGGUGAAGCUGAGUGGCACGGCAGCGACGUAAAUAAAAUUCUGCAUGCACUCCCAAGUCUCGUCAAAGAAACUGCACUGGCUUCCGCAUUUGCUGGCGUGGUCUCAGGCCCAAUAUCUUUCACAAACAGCAGUGAAGAAAAGCUGCAUACAGAGAAAGCAAGUAAGCUACGCAGGAUUUACAACAAAUAACAGAUCAUCAAGUUACUCUAAAGAAACAGUUCCAAUUACAGAUAUGAUAAAA